UUUUCCUACGCAUGCGCACAACAGACUGUCGCGUGUACGUGCAGCUGUGCCGUGAGGGUGAGUGCUUGGCACGAGCGUGGUUGGACUUGGAGACAAUAUAAAGGUUCAUCCACUCAGAGACUACAGUACAGUACCUGAAAAUCAGACCACGAAACCGACAUGACACAGAGCUCGGCGGGGCGACACGGAGUUUCUGUGUAAUACCUUUCCACCUUCCUCCGAAACUGCCAAGUGAUGCGUGUUCGUGUGUUACCAGAAUAACGUCUUCCUGGAGGGCCGAAAGAAGUGCGACAUAAGGUUUAUGACAUGGCGCUCGACGUGACACAAUGGACUGCUAAAGGAACAGACGGAAAGAGCAGCCGCAAUGGCGUAUGGCGAGUGGUGCUACACCUGCUUCUGUUUUUUCUGUGUUGUCACACUGCUGAGGGCGGCUCACGCAUGGUGGAGCCGCCAACACGCUCGAGUUUAUGGAGAUACGGAUUUGGGACGCCUGUCAACUUCUAUGAUGACGAUGUUAACUGUGGAGGUUUUCAGGUGCAACACGUAAACAACGAGGGUAUGUGCGGUGUCUGUGGCGACCCUUGGAAUGCCCCGACGCCACGCGACAACGAGGCUGGUGGCACACUGGCUCCAAACCCACUUCCAGUCAGAGUCUACAAGAAAGGAGGUUUCAUUCCGGUCGCUGUGGACUCGACUUCAGAGCUGCUAGGCAAGUACGAGUUUCGCCUGUGUAAGCUGGAGUCAAACAAAGAAACUCCCGACCAGCAUUGUUUUGAUCAGUACCGCUUGUCCAUCGUGGAAUCCGAAUAUGGCCAGUCCUACCAGAUUAGCCAGUCCGGCGGCCUUAUCAGCCUGCACCUCAAGCUCCCAGAGGACAUGGUGUGCAGCCAUUGUUUGCUGCAGUGGCGCCACAUCACUGGAUUCAAAACCAACCGCCAAGGUUGCGUGCAGUGCGGCACGGAGGAACCGCAGUGCAACUAUUGCAAAGGGUGCGGUGACCAGGAGUGGUACCAGGGGUGCGCCGACAUCGCGGUUAUCGACGUCAUGGGCAGCCACCCAGCGGUUCUCGGGGUGCUCACCCAGCAGGAGCUCAAGGACAAGUGGGAGGCCUUCCUCAAGAACUGCACGGUAGGCGGCGACGACAAGAAGGGACCGAGCUCAAUCGACAACAAAAUAAACAUCUCGUACAUUUUUUCUGAGUCGACAUCGUCUGAUUUCGCGAGUUCCUUGUGGCAGAAUGUCACUGAUGCCCCAUCAACAAAACUAGCCGUUACUUUCCCGAUUACGGCCACGGCGACAGUCACUGGGAAAAUAGAAACCGCCACGACACUCCAACCCUCGCUCUCCUCACCAAUCUCGUGCGCCGCUGAUCCAAAGUCACAACCCUCGCCUAUCGAGUCGUCACCUCGCAAUGACAAAGAGGGGAAUCAUCCGGUUGCAAAUACACACACGGUGCUGCUACUGCCUACCGUGGGAGACUCGAAACUAGUUCCUCCGACGAAGACCCCCGAGCUGAACUGCCUACUGUCGUGAGACCCACAGCAAACCCCAUCCAUCCAUCCACUCAGCCGUUAGAUACCCAGUCCCUACAUCCGUCUUCGCCUCCUGGCAAUGUGGAAAUGGGCGUUCUCAAGCCUGCUUCCGGCGUCCAACCGGUUGUGGAUCUUCAUACUAGGCAGGACAGUUUUCAUAAGGGUGAUGCAGGCAACCUCCAAGGCGCUGGGCCCCAACACCGACCCCUCACCCCCACUACCAGGACUCCCCCAAGACCAUGGGAACGGUGGUGGAAUUCUCCUGGGCAGGGAAGUAUCCCUAGCCAGCGGUGCUACGUCCCCUACAAAACCGCUUGGUACAUGCAAAGCGCGAUAGUCUGGUGCAAGCGCAACUGCCCUCGGAGAGGGUCGCUGUGUCAUUAUAACAUCUGCAGGCCCGUCUCAUGCUCCCGCCUACCCGUACAAGCCCCUAGGCAACCACUUUCAAGCCUUUCUUGGCUUAUUUCUCUCUUUCUUGAAGGUUUUCCCGAAAACAUAUGACUAGAAGGUACUGAUCGAGACUAAAAGCUAUUACAAAUUCUCGACAGACACUUAUCACGGCUCUCAGCUUGCCCACCAUAUUAGUGGCUUUAAUAUUUAUUAAACGCGCUUGUUUACAAAGUGUGCAGCGUCCAGACAUUGCCCAAAAGAUAAAGGUUAGGAAUUAGAUGGUCACACAACAAGAAAGGGCUGGGGAUGGGGUAUAGUGGGUUCGAAUGUCAAUGACACACGUUCAUUUACACCAUUCACUGUUUAUUCCUGUACAACAACCGGGAUUAAACACAUCGCGACUUGUAAACGU